AUGUUUCUCAGGAGCACUCUGCUGGGAAUUAUUCUUUUCAGCAUUCUCUGGACAGAAACUACUCUGGCUGGCUCUAGUUUUUUAAGCCCUGAAUAUAAAAAAAUACAGCAACAAACAGAUUCAAAAAACCCCCCAGCACAAUUACACCGUCGAGGCACAGAAGGCUUUUGGGACACCGAUGAACCACGGGCAGAAGACGAGAGAAACAGCAUUGACAUGAAGUUUAAUAUUCCCUUUGAAAUUGGUGUCAAGGUAACUGAAGAAGAGUAUCAAGAAUAUGGACAAGCACUGGAGAAAAUGCUAGGAGACAUGCUUGAGGAGAAUGCUAAAGAGACUCGGAUGAAAAACUGA